AGUGUGAGCUCUACAAAAAUUAAACUUCGUUUUUUACUUUGUCAGUGUGUUGUUGGAGCUUUUGCUCAGAGUGACUAUGAUGAAGAUGAUGGAACGGGUGUGUUGUGUCCAACAGGCUGUGAGUUGAAGAAAACCCUCCAGAAGCAAGAACGUAACGUGAGGCCAACUGUAGAUCAGCUCAAAAGAUCUGUGGAUGAGUUGACCCAGUCCACCAACUCUAUCUAUGGCUACGUCUUGGAUAUGACCGCAGAAGUAGCACAAAGACAAAGAGUCAGCGAGGGCAAUGGUUUGCUGGUUGAUCAGUACACAGACAGCCUAGAGACCCAGCAUGCUUAUAUUAAGGACGCUGUGGAUGUCACCUUCCCCCAAAACAUUAAAAUCCUACAGGGUGUGCUAGAAAAGAUCCGUGAGAAGAUUCAGCGUUUGGAGAAAGCCAUCACUACUCAGAGGGCCAAGUGCCAAAUGCCUUGUAAAGUCAGCUGCCUGAUUCCUGUGGUUUCUGGCAAAGAGUGCGAAGACGUCAUUUGCAAAGGAGGAGAGGAAUCUCAGAUGUACCUCAAACGGCCUGAUCCACUCAGCUUGCCUUACAAGGUCUUCUGCGAUCAGACGAGUAAAAACGGAGGUUGGGUGCUCAUCCAGAACCGUAUGGACGGCAGUGUUGAUUUUGGCAGGCGUUGGGACGACUACCGAAGAUGCUUUGGAAACAUUGCUUUUGAUGUGGGCAAAGGCCACUGCCAGACUCCAGGUGAGUACUAGUUGCGUAACGACCGUAUUAGUCAACUUACAAAGAUGGGUCCCACUGAGCUUCUGGUUGAAAUGGAAGACUGGUCCGGUUCAAAGGUUUAUGCUCAAUACGAGCAGUUCACUGUGCAGGGCGAAGCUACCAACUACAUUCUAGCAGCUGGACGUUACUCAGGAACAGCUGAAAAUACAUUCUUGGAUGGCACAAAAGAACUGUUUGGAGAGAACCGUACCAUGACCAUUCAUAAUGGCAUGAUGUUCAGCACCUACGACAGAGAUAAUGACAAACGGAUACCUGGAGAUCCUUCUAAACAAUGUUCAAGUGAAGAUGGAGGAGGAUGGUGGUACAACCGAUGCCACUCUUGUAAUCCUAAUGGGCGAUACUACUGGGGAGGAGCUUAUACAAAAUACAUGGCCAAGCAUGGGACAGAUGAUGGCAUCGUGUGGAUGAACUGGAAGGGCUCGUGGUAUUCGCUCAAAUCUAUCAGCAUGAAGAUCAGACCGUUCUUCAAACAGUUAUAAAACUUCAAGUAAAUUGAAAUGAGAUGCAGUAGAUGAGAUGCAGAUGUGUCCACUCUUGAGUACAUCCCCAUUCUGUGGCACUCAUUUAAUUUAAGCUUUUUUGAGAAUAGGAGAAUAAAACCUGAACCUAAACAUUUCAAGA